CGAAAACGUCAACGAAAUUCUUGACAAAAAACGUUUACUAUUUUUGUUAUUUUGCUACGCAAAAAAUCAUUUCUUUUCUUUAAUUUAUAACAAAUACAAGAAUAAAUACAAUGUUAGGAUUAAAAAAUUAUGGCAACAGUUCAAGUUCAAGUGAUUCCGAUGAAGAUGCAUCAGAAGAAGCCAACAUUCACCUCAAACCAGUGGCAGAUCCAACGAAUUCCGUUGCCAAAACUCUCGCCGUUUGUGCAGCUCCCGAAGUCAUUCCCCACGGCGCGGUAGCUGUUCCUCGUGUCGUUGAUCCAUCUACAAAAGAAGUUCUCUACAAUCCUAAAUAUGAAGAACUUUUUACACCCGUGCAAGGUCCCGAAAAACCCAAUCAAACAAAUCAAGAACGUGCCGCCAAAAAUACACUCGGUGGCUAUUUGGAGAAAGCCCAUAUAAAUGCAUUUCAAUUUGAAAAUCAGCGUCGUACUUUUCAUACUUAUGGCUAUGCCAUGGAUCCAUCAACUGAUGAAACUGCCGAUGGUCAAAGUUAUGUGGGUGACUUGCAAGAAGCUUAUAAUACCGAUGGCAAAACGGUCUUUGAGUCACCCAAACCGAAGAAGAAACGAAAACAAGAGAAAAAUGAUUGCCCUGAAGAUAUCGAAGGUUUUCUUGGGCCAUGGGGAAGGUAUGAAAAUGAACAGAGUGUUGCCAAGCCAACGGAUGAGGAGAAAGCUGAAUUGGAUGAGAUUUUGGCGAAGCGACACAAACGCGGACGAAUUCCUGAGGAUAAACCACUCGAAGAGAAAUCUAUUUUACACAUUAAAGAUGCCGUUGACUAUCAAGGACGCUCCUACCUACACGCUCCUCAUGACGUCGGUGUUAAUCUACGAUCAAAUGUACCACCAACCAAGUGUUUUCUGCCAAAAGCUCACAUUCACACAUGGCAAGGGCAUACAAAGGGUAUAUCAUCGAUCAGAUGGUUUCCCAAAACUGCUCAUCUUCUGCUCUCUGGGAGUAUGGAUUGUCGUGUUAAAUUGUGGGAAGUCUAUGGAGAACGUCGCUGUAUUCGUACCUAUUUUGGCCACAGACAAGCCAUCAAAGAUGUUGGCUGGAAUAAUAAGGGAACACAUUUUCUUUCCGCUUCAUACGAUCGUUACAUAAAACUCUGGGAUGCCGAAACUGGAGAUGUAGUGUCACGGUUUACAGCUAGAAAAAUGCCUUUUUGUGUUAAAUUCCAUCCUGACAACGGAAAGCAGCAUUUGUUCGUUGCUGGAACAUCAGAUAAGAAGAUUAUUUGUUGGGACACUCGAAGUGGUGAUAUUGUCCAAGAAUACGAUCGUCAUUUAGGAGCUGUAAAUACAAUUACCUUCGUCGAUGAGAAUCGACGAUUUGUGACAACAUCAGACGAUAAGAGUAUGCGAAUUUGGGAAUGGGAUAUUCCUGUUGAUAUGAAAUACAUUGCCGAUCCUACAAUGCACUCCAUGCCUGCUGUCACAUUAGCACCCAAUGGCAAAUGGUUGGCCUGUCAGAGUUUAGAUAACAAAAUUGUGAUAUUCUCUGCUCUGAAUCGAUUCAAAAUGAAUCGAAAGAAGUCUUUUUCGGGACACAUGGUAUCGGGUUAUGCAUGCAAUUUGGACUUUUCUCCAGACAUGAGUUAUCUGAUAUCAGGAGAUGGUGAUGGCAAGUGUUAUAUUUGGGAUUGGAAGACGACAAAAAUGUACAAAAAAUGGCAAGCACAUGAGGGUGUGUGCAUAAGUACGCUCUGGCAUCCACAUGAACCUAGUAAGGUGGUCACAGCCGGAUGGGAUGGAUUGCUUAAGUUUUGGGAUUAAAUUAAAUUUUAUUCUUUUUGUGCAUAUGGACGGUUAAAAAAAAUUAUAUUAAAUAAGUUUCAUUUAAAUAAUGAA